AUGCUGAUUCUCUGGGAUUUCCGAUCUCGCGUCUUCGGACAGACCUUUUCUGCCACUCAUGUUUUAAUAGCUGCAGGGAUAGUUGUCGUGCUGGGAAACGGCAAAACCUUCGGGCUUGAACGAGGACCGGGGGGAUCAUCUCCAGGAACGGCCCACUAUGAGGUGGUCUACCCGUCCCGGGUGGACGGGCAUGGGCGGUUUGUGUCGGACUCCGUGUCUCACCGUAUCAGCCGGGUCCAGCGGCGGGACACCUCCUCAGGGGAGCAGCGACCCCUACAGGUUUUCUACCAGUUGCACCAUGGUGGGCGGGAUUUGCACCUCAACCUCACCCUCAACCCCCACCUGCUGGCCCCCGGCUUCCUCAUGGAGCAUAGGUAUGGUGGCCUGGAGGGCGCCAAAAUACGCAGCCGGGGCCAGGCCCUCUGCCACUUCAUUGGGCAAGUGUGGGAGCGGACGACAGUGAGGGGCGGGGCAGCCAUCAGCACCUGCGACGGACUGACAGGGCUGUUCAAGCUCUCAGAAGAGGAGUUUUUUAUCCAGCCUCUGGAGGCAGUGCGGGAGGAGGGCACACCACAGGCCCAUAUGAUCUACAAACGCCACAUCACUGAGCCGGAGGGUGGGCCGGUUCCCCCCCUGCCUGGAGAUCGCCCUCCCAAUGGAGCCUGUGGAGUACUAGACACACAGAGGCGUGUGGCUCGGGCGGAGCGCAGGCGGGAGCAGUGGGAGGCGAGGCGUGGCCGCCGCAGGAUUCGACAGCGCUCCGUCAGCACGGAGAAGUGGGUGGAGACUCUGGUGGUGGCUGACCCCAAGAUGGUGGAGUACCACGGCAGCGAGGGCGUGGAAAACUAUGUGCUGGCAAUCAUGAACAUAGUGGCAGGGUUGUUUCGGCACGCCAGCAUCGGGAACUCCAUCAACAUUGUGGUUGUGCGGCUCAUCGUGCUGGAGCACGAGGAGGAAGACCUGAAGAUCUCACACCAUGCAGACAACAGCCUGAACUCCUUCUGCAAAUGGCAGAAACGCCUUAACAUGAAGGGAGACGAUCACCCAACACACCACGAUGUUGCAGUGCUCCUCACCAGGAAGGACAUCUGCGCGGCCAUGAAUAAGCCGUGCGAGACUCUGGGCCUGUCUCACGUGGCCGGCAUGUGCCAGCCUCACCGCAGCUGCAGCAUCAGCGAGGAUACAGGGCUGCCACUGGCCUUCACUGUGGCUCACGAGCUGGGACACAACUUUGGGAUCCAGCACGACGGCAGUGGGAAUGACUGCGAGCCGGUGGGGAAACGGCCUUUCAUCAUGGCACCACAGCUGCUGUAUGGCACGGCCCCGCCCAGCUGGUCCCGCUGCAGCCGCCAGUACAUAACGCGCUUCCUCGAUCGAGGGUGGGGUUGGUGUCUGGACGAUGCUCCAGCACAGGAAGAGCCCAGCCUGCGUUCGGCGCCCCCUGGUGUUCUGUACAGCACUGCGCAUCAGUGCCGCCUGCAGUAUGGGACAGACUCGCUGCUCUGUGACGACGUGGACAAUGUCUGUAGCACGCUGUGGUGCACUGUGGGUAACACCUGCCAUUCGAAGCUGGACGGAGCGGUGGACGGAACGAAGUGUGGUGAGGACAAGUGGUGUUACGGCGGGGAGUGUGUGGCAGUGGGCUCUCGGCCGGAGAGCGUGAACGGGGGCUGGGCGGCAUGGAGCGUGUGGUCGGCGUGUUCCAGGACCUGCGGAGCCGGAGUGCAGAACGCCCAGAGGGACUGCAGUGACCCCGUCCCGGCUCAUGGCGGGAGGUACUGCCUGGGGGAGCGGCGCCGGUACCGGAUCUGCAACGCCACCCCCUGUCCCCCGAACCAGCCGCCCUUCAGACAUGUGCAGUGCAGCCAGUUCAACACCAUGCCUUACAAGGGCCAGUUCUACAAGUGGGUGCAGGUCAACAACAGAGUGAAUCCCUGUGAGCUGCACUGCAGGCCCGUGCAUGAGUACUUCUCAGAGAAGCUUCUAGAUGCCGUGAUCGACGGGACACAGUGCUACGAAGGCACCUCCAGGCGGGAUAUGUGCAUCAACGGCAUCUGUAAGAGCGUGGGCUGUGAUUACGAGAUUGACUCUAGCGCAGUGGAGGACCGAUGCGGGGUGUGUCAUGGCAACGGGUCCACCUGUGAGACAGUGAAGAAGACCUUCGAGAAGAGCGAGGGAUUGGGUUAUGUGGAUGUUGGGCUCAUUCCAGAGGGAGCCUGGGAUAUCCGUGUUGAGGAGGUGGCCGAGGCUGGAAACUUCCUGGCCCUGCGGAGCAACGAUUCAGAGAAGUACUUCCUGAACGGUGGCUGGACCAUCCAGUGGAAUGGGGAGUACAAGGCCGGGGGUACAGUGUUCACCUACGAGAGGACAGGCCACCUGGAGAAUCUAACAUCGCCCGGGCCCACCCUGGAGCCUGUGUGGAUACAGCUGCUCUUCCAGGAGACUAAUCCAGGAGUUCGGUACGAAUACACCAUCAGCCGGGAGCCCUCGACAGGCUCCAACAAUGACAGCAGCACCCCAGACUUCCUGUGGCAAUACAGAUCCUGGACAGAGUGCAGCGCCACCUGUGGGACAGGUGUUCAACGGCAAGUGGUGCAGUGUGUGGAGAGGACUGCUGGUGUGGUGGAGGACCGUUAUUGUGACCUGGGAACCCGUCCUGAUGACAAACAAGCUAGCUGUAAUGAAGAGCUGUGUCCAGCCAUGUGGUGGGCGGGAGAAUGGCAGGAGUGCUCAUCUACCUGUGGGGAGGCAGGGCUCACCAAGCGGACAGUGCUGUGUAUUCAGAGUGUAGGUCUGGAGGAGCAGAGAGCCCUACACCCCUCUGAGUGCCAGCACCUGCCCCGCCCUGAGAGCGUGACCCCCUGCAACACACACCUGCCCUGCCCCUCGGAAUGGACCACAAGCAACUGGUCCCAGUGCUCAGAGACAUGUGGCGGGGGACUGCGGCGGCGGAAUGUGACCUGUGCCAGAAAUGCGGGGGUUGACUGUGACUCCAGAAGGAAGCCGAGUGCGGUCGCCCCCUGCUAUGUCCAAGACUGCCCUGCUGUGGAGGACUGGUCAGGAAGCGGAUCAUCAAGCCAAGAGAAGUUUGAUGAAGUCAACACCAUCCCUGACGGGAGCUCCCAGCCCAAACCCGGCACCGUAACACCCAUAGCACAUCCCAACAGUAACCACAGCAACCUGAAUGACAUCAUGGAGGGAGGCGGGUUCCCUCAUAAAAAUUCCAUAGACACGACUGUGGACAACUCCAUCAAAAACAAUGUGCUGGUUGAUGAUUUUUACUACGACUACAACUUCAUCAAGUUUCAUGAAGACCUGUCGUACGAUCCCAGCACAGAAAAGGAUGGGGAAAAUGAAGGAGGCGAUGGAGAGAAAGAUGAAGAGAUAGAACAUGGGGAGGAGCCCAGCCCAACCCCUCUGGGCUCCGUCACCAGCUCACCCACGACUACCUCCCUCAAACCCGUCUCCAUGCCAACAGACCUGCCUGUCACAGUGAGUACACCAGGCAGCACUACCAAGGUGAACCAUAAUGCUGUGGGAGUUCUGGACCUGAACAGUACUGCAGACCAGGAAUCCAACACAGACUGGGAGGAGGAGGCCAUCUAUGCAGAGGACCACUUCUUGCCGAGACCCGCGGGGCCCACUCAGAGCAAACAGCAGCACACACCCCAGCCCGACGCUGCCCCCUACUGGAGAAUGGGAAACUGGAGCACGUGCUCUACCAGCUGUGGCCUGGGCGCCACCUGGAGGUGGGUACUGUGCAGCACAGGGGAGGACACAGACUGUGAGGCAUCUGAGAGGCCGAUCCCUGCCCGCCGCUGCUACCUGCGACCCUGCUCCACCUGGAGGGUGGGGGAGUGGGGCCAGUGCAACAGGAACUGUGGUGGGGGGGUGCGGGUGCGUGAGGUCCUCUGCUCCAACACGCGGGACGAGCGGCCGCUACGCCCCUUCCACUGCCAGGCUGUGGCCCCCCGGCCCUCCACCCGCUUACCCUGCAACCUGCAGCCCUGCCUGGACUGGUACACUUCUUCCUGGGGACAGUGCUCUGAGCUCUGUGGGGGAGGGGAGCAGCAGCGUCAGGUCAUCUGCCCAGAAUCUGACAAAUGUGACGAGUCCCUUCAGCCCACUACCGUCCAGACAUGCAACAACCACAGCUGUGCGCACUGGGUCACAGGUGCCUGGGGACAGUGCUCUGUAUCCUGUGGAGGUGGAUUACAGCACAGACUGGUCAAAUGCGUCAUCAGCAAGACUGUAGAGAAAGAGGAGGAAGAGGAAGAGGAGGAGCCACAGCAGUGUGAUCAUGAGCCCCGGCCAGAGAGUGUGCAGAAGUGCCACCUGCCGGACUGUGAGAGUACUCCACCUGGCCAGGUGUGUCAGCGUGAUCGCCUGACGUUCCGUUUCUGCCAGACGCUGAAGUGGCUGGGUCGCUGCCACCUGCCCGCCGUCCGCACACAGUGCUGCAAGACCUGUGCCCAGCGUUCCCGCGGCAACGAGCGCACCUCCCAGCGCUAAGAUUCAGGGA